UUAUUCCAAAACCCUAGAGGUCGCUCUUCUCCAUUUUUUUUUUCUCCAUGGGCGAGUCUGUGAUAAAGUCGCUCUUCUCUUUUUUCUCCACCAUGUGCGAGUAUGUGAUUAAGGCCACGACCACGAAUCCCCUAAAGAAAGAUAAGAGAGACAUUACUUCGUGUACAAAGGCGAUUAUGAUCUUACUUGAUGGUGAUAGUCUUCCUGCCAAGAAAACUAUCUCUGAUUCUGAGCAGAAUGCUCGUCGUCAAUGGAUUGAAAAACGAAUUGCUACACAUCGCCUUCUAGAGAUGAAAUUAUAUGCCGUGAAGAAUCUUUCUAAGGAGGAUGAAUCUGACAAGUCUUCUUCAGAUGAUUCCGUGAAGGCCAAGGCAGAGAACAGUUCAAAGGAAGCUGCUAAAGAUUUAUCAUCAGAAUACGAUUCUGAGGAUGCGAAGGAGAGUGAAGAAGAUGAAAUACCUACUAAAGCAGAUACCAAAACUACUAAAAAGGAGAGUGGUGGUAGUAGUGAUGGUUCUAGCGAUGAAUGGAUUAUGAUGGAUUAUGAUAAUAUUGUAUAGGUCGCUGUUGAAUAAGUCGCUAGGUUGACUCAAUCUAUUAGUCUAGCUAGUCUCUAUGUAAUCUCCCUUGAUUAUAGGAGAGCUAAUAAAUUCUUCUUUUUCUG